AUGCCUCGAAGUUUAUUUCCAGUACAAUUAAAAAUAAUAUUUUUCACAGCAACUGAAUUACCUGGAAUAAUGGCUGAUUUUUUAACAACUGUUUCAAAAAAAAUUAUUCAAUCAGAUACAUGGGAACCAACUGAUCCUAAUGUUGAAGUUCCAUAUAAUACAAUGGUAGUUAAAACAGAAGUUCGUAAUGGUACAACACCUGUUUGGGGUGAAGCACUUUAUUUAAUUGGUCGUUUUUCACCACUUGUACGAAUAAUUAAAAUAUCACUUGAAGGCCAUGCAGCUAUUCAAAAAGAUCGUAUUAUUUCAUCAUUUUUUAUUGAUCUUUUUCUUAUUAGUGAAAGUAAUCCAUCAGCUGAUCAAGAUGGUCUUAGUGAAGGAAUGAGUGAAGCAGUUUGUUAUAAAGGACGAUUACUUAUGGCUAUUGAAUGCCAUCCAGUUAAUGCAGAAAAUACAUUAACUAUGAAUAUACAAAAAGAAACUGGUAUUGAAUUUCCUGAAGCUCAUAUAUUUUCAAUGAAACGUACAUUUCUCUUAUUUGGCUGUAUUUAUUAUGUUAGUAUGAUUGAUAAAUCAUUUGGUAAUACAACAAUUUCUUUUGAAUUAAGUAUUGAUCCAAUUGGAUAUUUAAAUCCACAAGAAUUAACUGCUGCAAUUCGUAAUCCUGUUUCAUUAUUAACACGUGCUUAUCCACGUAUAUCAAUUGAUAAUAAUAAAGAUUAUUUUCGUUUACCAAUUGAUUUACAAAAAACAAUAUUAUUUACAAAAUAUUUAUUUCAUGACUAUAUUUAUCGUAUGGCAUUAUCAAAUCGUUUAAAACAUGCAUUUAAAUAUUUAGUAUUAAUUAAAUUUAUUUAA